GCAACAACGCUUAAACAAACAACAAAGUGAAGAGGAAGAAGCAACGAAAGAAAAAAAGAAGCUCAGCUUAGCGAAAAAAAAGAGAAAUUUUCGGCUCUUCGGCGUUAGAUCCAACCAGAUCUAUAUAGCGAACACUAUAUACACAUAUUGAACUGAAUAUCAAUUCGUGCAUUUGAUCAACAGCUGUGCCCCGUUACUAUGGCCAGCUCGCCCAUCACAGAUUUCUAUGCAGGACGCAAUGUCUUCAUCACGGGCGCCACGGGCUUUGUGGGCGUGACCAUUGUGGAGAAGCUGCUGCGAGAUGUGCCCAAUGUGGGCACCCUGUAUCUGUUGAUGCGCGCCAAGAAGGGCAAGAGCGUGGAGCAGCGUCUGGAGGAACUGAAGAAGAACUCGGUGUUCGACCGUUUCAAGGAGCUGCAACUGGAGUCGCGUCUCUCGAAGAUUGUGCCCAUCGAAGGCGAUGUUGGGCUCGAGCAUUUGGGCAUUUCUGCAAAGGAUCGUGAGACACUGAUCGACAACGUGAACGUGGUUUUCCACUCGGCUGCCACGCUGGACUUUUUCCAAUCCCUCAAGGAGACGACGAACAUCAAUUUGCGUGGAACACGUCGCGUCGUCGAGCUGUGCAAGCAACUGCGCCAUUUGGAUGCACUGGUGCACGUGUCCAGCGCAUAUGUGAAUGCCUAUAUAACUGAUGUGGAAGAGAAGCUCUAUCCCUCGCCCGAUGAUCCAGAAAAGAUUAUUCAGUUGGCCGAGACACUUAACGAUGAAGCGCUCAAGCAACUGGAGCCAAAAUUGCUCAAGGACCAUCCCAACACUUACACGUUUACCAAGCAUCUGGCGGAGCACGAGGUGGCCAAUGCGGCAUCGCAGUUCCCCUGCGGCAUUGUGCGUCCUAGCAUGAUCACGGCUGCCUGGAAAGAGCCCAUACCCGGCUGGACAAUAUCGAAGAACGGUCCCCAGGGCUUCUUCAUGGGCGCCUCCAAAGGAAUCUUGCGUCGUCUCCCCUUGGAUCCUACAAUCAUCAUGGACUAUAUACCCAUCGAUGUGGUGGUCAAUGGCAUCAUAACCACGGGCUACUAUGUCAAUUCAUUGCAAGCCAAGAAUGGAGGACGUCCCGCGGAGCUGCAGAUAUUCCAUUUGACAUCCAGCACAUAUAAGCCAUUCCGUUUCGAGUUUCUGAAGGACAAAAUCAAUAGCUAUUUGCAUGACUAUCCGCUGAACAGCGCCGUCUGGUAUCCCAAUUUGCGUCUGGUGAAGAGCCUGAUGCUGUUUCGUCUUGGGGCCAUACUAUUCCACUUUAUACCCGGCUUCUUCCUUGACUUGGUCACCAAAAUUGGCGGCGGUAGACCAAUCCUGAUGCGACUUCAUAAAAACGUUUGGAAUUCGUUGAAUACCUUGGAGCGUUUCAUAUUCACCGAAUGGCAUUUUGAUAGCAAACGGCUGCUGGCGCUGUCAAAAACCAUGGACAUUGUGGACAAAAAGAAGUUUGGAAUAGAUAUUGGAGAACUGACGUGGGAUGAAUAUUUCGCCAACACCAUUCAAGGUGUGCGUCAAUAUCUGAGCAAGGAAUCGCCCAAAAAUCUGGAGAAAGCCCGUCGCAAAGACAAAAUUCUUUUGGGCCUCCAUGUGGUGCUCCAGCUUGCCUUUUAUUAUGGCAUCUUUAAACUGAUUGUGGGCGUGACGGGCGUUUCAUCUGCGAAGGGUGCUCUUAUCUUGCCUCUGUUUUACUAUCUCUUUGGACUGAUUUAGGGUCUUUGUACAUCUGCGAAUGUAUGUUGAAUAUGUUUAACCAUUUCUCAAAUAUUAUUUAUGAUUAAUUCAAUCAAGGUUUGGUGUAAAAGCUCUUCACUUAUUCUAAACGUAAAAUACAAGACAAGCAAGCAGCGUGUCGCAGUUUGCAAG